UCUCUCUUCCGGCGCCUUACUACCCCGGUUGUUGGAUGCACGCGCUGUCGCGCCGGUCCUCGACUUCAGCAGGUCUAGUUACAUCUGAACAGGAGAACAAACAGGGACGGCCCAUACCGCACCUGCAGGCAUGUGGCCAUUCCGUGUGGAGAUUCCCUCUUCAGCCACCAAAUGCCCGACUUGCGCGACGAUUAUCGUAGCUUGCGACGACCAGUGUCCCGUCUAUGUCAAUGGCCAACAGAUCGGUACGGGGAGAGCUCCCCAGCAGGGAGCCGUCGUCUACACUGCCGGCCUGAACCCGGACAGCAAGAACGUCUUCGCCAUCGGCGUGAGCAACACCGCCGAAGGCUCCGCCGGACUCAUCGCCACGAUCCUCGUCGACUACACAGACGGCACAACCGAGACUAUCGUCAGCGACUCUACGUGGAAGACGCUUAAAGGUGUGGCCCCUGGUGGAUGGACGAGCCCGAGCUUUGAUGAUUCCGCAUGGACUGCUGCGGAUGUGGAGGGACCUUCGACGGCUUCGCCCUGGGGUACUCCGGCGCUCCCGCCUGCUAUCAAUAUGACGACUGCAGGGUGGUUGCAGACGGCUGAGAGUGUUUCCAGUGGGAGCGCUCCUCGUGGUCAUAGGCCCUUCCGCAAGACGUUCACUUCGCCUUAUGGGAAAGCCGCUGUCUGCGGUAAGGUCGUUCUCUCCGUGGAGGACUCAUACACACUCUAUGUCAAUGGUAAAACCAUUGGAACGGGAUCAGGCUGGAAAGUCAUGCAGGCGUAUUCCAUCCCACAGUUGGAUCCGGACGUGAACGUCGUUGCUAUCAAUGGUGCGAAUGUCCGAGCGAAUAGUAGAGUCUAUCUCGCUGCGGGGGUGUUGAUUGCGUAUAAUGAUGGGUCGUCGGAGACGUAUUAUACGGAUGGGACUUGGAAGACUCUGAAUGCGCUUCCUCCUGCUGGGUUUGAGCAGCCCGAUGCGGAUGAUAGCGAGUGGGUUGGUGCGACGUUAUGGGCGGGCGGCCCUGUUGGUAAUGGAGCUACUGUUCCCAAUGCUUAGGCUGAUGCCUUCCUAUCCUCAUAAUCGUUUCCUUGCACUUGAUUUUUUGCCUCGUCUGUUUCCCUUCCCUUUUGGCGCUACCGUUUGUUUUUUUGGCUAUGUAAAUAGCUUCCUCGUUCUCAGAUGUGUGUUUUCAUUGUUUAUGAGUUGCGCUUCACCUGGUAUCUUAAAGACGUAUUGCCGCGGUUAAUUCUCAGUGGUGCCAGCGG